AGCAAUGUGAAUGAGAGAGGUUAGCAGGAGGGAAGCUGGGAAUGCGGCAAAAGAAGUGUUCAGAUACUGAUACCAGAAACAUAAUUCAAUAUAUACCCUCCUACUUCUACUCUCUUUUAUAUAUAAAUAUAUACUAACCUAUUCUUUGUUGCAAGCUUCUCAGCUCGAAGACUCUUAUGUAAAAGAAAAUAAAUUAGACAUGGAGAAAGAAGAUGAGAAUAAUGUUUCUGUGGAGCCUCACGCUAUUCAGAUAUCCGGGUCAAAUGAUGAACAAGUCAAACCUGAUGAUUAUGAUAAUGACAAUGAUACAACAGCAGUACAAGUACCGCAAACCAAGACAAGUUUGGUGGUAAAAGAAGUGAAGAAGCAACUAUGGCUGGCAGGGCCUUUGAUAUUAGUGUCUCUUCUCAAUUUUGCAAUCCAGCUUAUAUCUAUAAUGUUUGUGGGUCAUCUCGGCGAGUUGGCUCUUUCUGGCGUUUCCAUGGCCACAUCCUUUUCUUCUGUCACUGGCAUUGCCUUAAUGAUGGGAAUGGCAAGUGCUUUAGAUACAUUUUGUGGCCAAUCAUAUGGAGCAGGGCAGCAUCGCAUGUUAGGCAUACACGCACAAAGAGCCAUGCUUGUUCUUAUGAUCGUAUGCGUGCCCGUUUCCAUUAUUUGGGCAAACACAAAAUCCAUUUUGAUUUUAUUUGGCCAAGAUCAUGAAAUCUCUGCAGAAGCGGGAAGAUUUGCUCAGUUAAUUAUUCCAUGUCUUUUCGCCUUUGGUCUUCUUCAAUGUCAGACUAGAUUUUUACAGACACAGAACAUUGUAAUUCCGAUGAUGUUCAGUUCUGGGGCAACUACUGUACUACAUGUUGUUUUGUGUUGGGUGUUGGUGUUCAAAUCUGGAUUAGGGAGCAGAGGAGCUGCCAUAUCAAAUUGUGUAGCUUAUUGGGUGAAUGUAUUGAUACUCGCUCUCUAUAUCAAGUUUUCUCCUUCAUGUUCACAAACUUGGACUGGCUUUUCAACGGAGGCAUUCCAUGGCAUCCCUUCUUUCUUGAGACUUGCUAUUCCUUCUGCUGUUAUGGUUUGCUUAGAACUGUGGUCAUUUGAAUUGAUGGUUCUCUUGUCGGGUCGUCUUCCAAAUCCAAAGUUGCAAACAUCAGUGCUUUCUAUUUGUUUGAAUACAGAAUCAACUCUUUGGAUGGUCCCUUUUGGAUUAAGUGGAGCUAUAAGCACUCGUGUAUCUAAUGAACUUGGAGCUGGUAAUCCUUGGGCUGCACGCUUAGCAGUUCGUGUAGUGUUAGUAAUGGCCAUUAUUGAGGGUACCCUGGUUGCAACCGUGAUGAUAAGUAUACGCAAUCUUUGGGGCUAUGUUUACAGUAACGAUGUACAAGUGGUUCGACACGUGGCACUCAUGCUGCCAAUCCUCGCAGCAUCCAUUUUCUUGGACGGACUCCAGUGUGUUCUUUCAGGCAUUGUUAGAGGAUGCGGUUGGCAGAAAAUUGGUGCCUUUAUUAAUUUAGGGUCUUAUUAUUUAGUUGGGGUUCCGUGCGCUAUUGUGUUAGCUUUUGUUUUGCAUACUGGAGCAAAGGGACUGUGGCUUGGAAUCAUAUGUGCCCUUAUUCUUCAAGCACUUGGUCUGAUCAUCAUAACUGCACGUACUGAUUGGGAGCGAGAGGCAGAGGAAGCUACUAAAAGAGUCAAUGAUUCAAUAACACCAGACGUCUCUUGAACCUACCUCAUGUCAUAUUCUAAAUUAAUGUAUACACCAAGGAUAGCUUACAACAGUGAAAUGAAGUUUUACUAUACUGAUACUAUGUGUUUUUUAGCAAUUAAGCAUAAAGCAAAUAUAAGUGAUGUCUCAUUAGCAUUUAAA